GUCGUCUCGGUGGGCUGACGUUGUUUGCUGUCUUGUUCCUACCUACCUUAGUUUGUUGCACUCCAUCACCACCUAUAUCUCCCCCCACCCCUCUGCCUCUGCCUCAGCACCUCCCACUCACCACAACAGCUCCGAACCUCCCAAAAGAUGUCGACAGCACCAGGCAAGCGCAACAAGCGCUUCAUCCCCCUCGAGGCCAACCCCGAAGUGAUGACCUCCCUCAUCCACAACCUCGGCCUCUCCAAAUCGCUAGCAUUCCACGACGUCUUCUCCAUCGACGACCCCGACCUCCUCGCCUUCAUUCCGCGCCCAGCACACGCUCUCCUCCUCGUCUUUCCCGUCUCGGACACGUACGAGAAAUUCCGCACGACCGAAGACCUCGACAAACCCGAAUACUCCGGCAGAGGCGAAGCCGAAGAUGUCAUCUGGUACAAACAAACCAUCGGCAACGCAUGCGGUCUCAUCGGCUUGCUCCACGGCGUGAGCAACGGUCCAGCACGUACAUAUAUUGAACCCGGAACAGAUUUAGAUGAGCUCGUGAAGAAAGCUGUGACAUUGGAUCCUAGGGCCCGAGCGGAAUUACUAGAGGAUACGGAGGCGUUAGAAACUGCACAUCAAGCUGCAGCUGCAACAGGAGAUUCGGCUGCGCCUUCGGCAGACGAUAGUAUUGAUUUGCACUAUGUGUGUUUCGUCAAGGGGAAAAAUGGUCAUUUGUGGGAAUUGGAUGGGAGACGGAAAGGACCGCUCGAUCGAGGCGAGCUAGGUGUGGAAGAUGAUGUGUUGAGUCCGGCUGCGCUGGAGAAGGGCGUGCGAGCGUUUCUGAAACGUGAGGAAGAGGCUGGUGGUGGAGAGCUGAGGUUUAGUCUGAUUACGUUGGCAGAGGGGUUGGAUUGAGAAAUACGAGGAGGGGAGGGUGGUUUUCCAUAAAACUUUUACAUGCUCGUUGAGAGAGAGGGGGGGUACAGAGACUGUGUUGCUCUACUUACUGUAGGAUGAGCGAUGGGAACUUAUUGAGGAAAGGACUCCAAGCUCGGCAGAGAACGAGACAGAAAAUAUUUCGCCAUGCCAUCGAGCACGAUACCACGACUCACAUUCGUAUACGUCAAAUCAAUCCGAGCUCUCUCUCCGUCCAUUUCGAACGAACGCGGACGAGGAGGGGCAGGACUAUAUACGAAAUUCGAGCUGUGGGCAUGGAAGUGAACAAGAAAGAGGUAAUGAUCAGUUCAUCUGAACUUGGAAGAAAAACUUCAUAGUUUCCGAGUGUAUCAAUCUACUCUAG